AUGGUUGCUGAUACCUCCUGCUCCAGUGGCAUCGUGGUAUCGGACGCAGGUGCUACUCCUUCUGGACCGCGAGUCAACUGGCAUCCCGCCCUGCUGAAGCUGCUGGAAUAUGUGGACACCGCCAAUGGGGGAAUGAGCCUAUCGAAAAUGGACAAGGGCAAACUAAUACAACUGCUUCUUGUUCCCGAGUUGGCGCACGUGCUAGUUGCUGAGAAUAUGCGGACUUGCCGAGACCUCGAGCGCCUGCAGCUCGAAUAUAUCGCUGGCACCGGAAGAGGAUUUCUCACAACAACAUUCGUCAUCGAGGGCUACCCGCCACAAGUCCUCUACCACAGAGACAUCAUGCGGGAACUGGCACGAAUGUUUGGCCAUCAACGCAAUGCUAAGGACUUCCGUUUCAGGCCGAAAGUCGUAGUAGACGGCGAAACAAAAGAGAGAGUCUACACCACGGCUGAAACUGGCACAUGGUGGAAUGAAGCGCAGGCUUUUGUGGGACCAGAGGUGGUUAUUGCGGCCUUGCUGUUCUACAGUGACGUGACACACCUGAGCAACAACGGGCGUAAGAAGGCGCACCCAGUAAUGAUGACUCUCGCCAACAUUCCAUUGCCCAAACGGUGGGGGAAAGCGGGGCAUUCGCUGCUGGCGCUAUUGCCCAUCCCCCCCAAGGGAAUGCCGUCUCGAGUGAAGACGGAGCUCUUCAACAAAUGCAUUGCCAAGAUAAUGGAGCCUAUUCGACAGGCAAAAGAAAGAGGGGUAAUGCUAGAGGAUGCGAUUGGCGAUUUGCACAAAGUGAUCCCCAUGUUUUACGGCUGGGCGUGUGACUACCCUGAGUCAGGGAAAAUCACCGGCACGCUAUCCGGGCAGGGUUGCAGCAAGCCAUGCAGCCUUUGCUAUGUGGACAAGGAGAACCUGUCAUCUGUCCACCUCGAGAACAACAUGCGCACGCCGGAGCUGCAACAAUUGAUUCGAGAUCAACCCCUACCAACGACUCGUCCACGUGCGGAAUCGAGCUUGAAGCGUUUCUCCACUUUUGAUGUUGACUGUGCGCUUUGGAUGUGGACCGUCGAGGGAACGCUCUGGGGCAAUCCGUACUUGGCAGUGAUGCCGGACAUAAUGCACCAAGCUGACCUCGGAUUGCUGGACCACAUCGUGAGAAGCAUUCGGAUGCUGAUUCCUGCAUCGCUACCCACUCUGGACCAGCGGCUGAAAGAUCUCAGGGGAGUGACCCGAAUCAGCAGUAUGCGGCUGCCCUCCAAUGAGUAUUUCGUGUCGGGUGCUCAGACUGCAGCAUUUGAACACAGAGCUGUGAUGCAGAUUCUCAUCUUCUUGGUGGCAGACAAACUGGGUGCCUCUCAGUUAGAGGCAAUCAGAGCAUAUCUCACGUGGUACCUUGCCUGCUACGCUCCUUCUCACACCGAGGAAUCUUUGAGAGCGCUUCAAGAGUAUUCUGAAAGGCUUGUGGAGCUGCUGAAGCUAGCCUUCCCGAAGCAGGCUUCUGCGUGGAAUCUUGUGAAGACUCAUCUCAUGACACACUUUGCUCAAGCAAUUCGUCGUGCAGGAUAUGUGCAUGAGUACAGCACAAACACCUUUGAGCACUUGCAUGGGCCGAUGCUCAAACAGGUGUAUCGACGUUCAAACAAACGGAACGCAGACUCGCAGAUCAUGAAGCAUCAUGAAAUGCGCCUGGAUUUUGCACUCGUCGAGGAAAAUGAGAAUGCUCGACAGAUGGCAAUGCAAAAGGCAAUAGAAGAAGGGAGAAGGGUCAUGACAAAAGACUCAUACUCCUUGCAAGUCGAUCCGACGGAGUUCCGAUCACGAAAUUGGUUUGCGCAAAUGUGGGCGCAACAGCACGUCGAGGCUCACAUUCAGUUCAAGAGUGCCCUUGCACGCCGGCAGCUGGCGCCAGCCACAGUUAGGGCCCACACGACUCUUGCGAUCCCUGCAGCCGAAGACGUUGGUUUUGCUCGAACCGCUCAUUUCGUCAAGGCAACGCCGAAGCCAAGCAUAGAGGGGUCACCCAUGACUUGGCCUUUGUUAGGUAUUGGUCUGCGGCAGGUGAAGACUCAAAAACCGGAUGCAAGCGUCUGCAAUGGACGCCUGGCACCUCCCAAUAUUCAGUCAUUGACUGCGACUCGAUAA